AUGGACGCUGCUAUCACCCAAGGAAUGGCGCAGAAAGAUGUACGAGACGUUAGGGAGACAUCCCAAGGUGAAAAGUCGUCUUUGAAUGUGAACAAGGUUAAGCAUGACAACGGGUCAUCACACAGUCGCUUGUCAGGCCGACACACGGCAGUAGUGGGAAACAACCUCAGUAGACUGGAGAUCAAAAGAAGCGAUGUUUUCGCUGUGGUUUAACCAACCAUACUCCAGACAACUGCAAAUACAAAGAUUCAGAGUGUUUCAAGCGUCAUUUAAGAGGUCAUUUUCAGUCUGAGUGUCAUAAUGUGAAACCGCCACUGAAAUGGUUGAUGGAAAAACAGCAUAUAAGUCACACGGAUCAGGAUUCCAGAGGAUGAGUUUCUCAGGUCCAUCUUUGAUGUGGAACAGAAGAGAAAACCUGAGUCUUACAAAUCAGGACUUUCAGUGCCUUCAGUAAGAAUUCACGAGCAGAUCGAAGAUGUUCGAUUACAGAUGGAAGUAGGCAAGGGAGCGGCAGCUUCAAUUCUUAAUUAGAUAGAUUAUGAGCGGUAUUUAAAGUACCUUGCACUAAAAAUCUGAUUCUUCUUCAGCCUGUGCAAAUAGAUAAAAUUAAGUAAACAGAACAACCCACUCUCCUUUACAGUACAUGAUUACCAGAUGUGUGUUGAGAUUUUGUGGAAUAGCAUAUUUAUUCUGAAAACAUCCUUUUUUAGGUCCCUCGGUGUCAUUUUCAGCAAUGAAGACAUGCUUUCUAUUCUACAACAGUUCCAUACGUACCUUCCUCCUUCAGCUGACAAAGGAUACGAUUCACACCUAUUUUCAGGGGAUCAACUCACUGUUGAGAGGGCAGUCACCGUUAUCUCCUCAGUUGCUAAC